AACUUGAUAUGGAUUAUAUUUCUGAUGAAGAUGACUUGGAUAAACUUAGACAAUAUGAUUGUGAAAAUUUAGAAGUUAAAGAAAUGAUAGAUUUUAAUAUCUUUUUAAAAGAACAAACGCAAACAAAUGAAGCACAUCAAAAUAUAGAUGUAGAGGAUGAAACUGAUUAUAAUAUUGAUGAAGUUGUUAGUGCAGCUAUGAGUAAUAGAAAGUAA